AUGACGGGCUUGCCUGAGAGAGAUGUAGCAUCGACCUUUCCUGCUGGGAGUUCAACGGCUUCCUCUAGCUCAGAACAAGAACCUGAUCAAACCAAGCCCUCGAAAGCCUCCUCGUGGGCAAGUAUCUUCUCUACUCCAUUCUCCAUCUCAGACGUGUAUUCGAGCCUGUCACCGACUGAAACGAAGGAAAGAAGGGCCAGAGCUCAUGGGUGGACGUCAUCUGUGAGGAGAGCUAUAACCUCUGUCUCCAUGAGGAGGCUCCAUGAGCGUAUACUAGGGAUGGGCAAGACAGAUGUGACGAGCUCUGGUAGCGAAAUAUGGUUCUUGGGCGCCUGCUACAGGGUCUCAUCUGGUGAGUCCUCCAGUGAGUCAGUUCACGACGAAGGCCUCAGUGGGUUCUUGAACGAUUUCUCAUCAAGAAUUUGGAUCACCUAUCGGAAAGGUCAGCUGGGUGUCUAGACCUCUGACUAUCAUCUUCCUCAAUAACCCAAUCUUAUCAUCUUCAAUGGCCUGCUUUUUUUUGUUUUUUUUCUUCUUUCCCUCUAAAACAGGGUUUGAUCCAGUCGAUGAUUUGAGGCUCACGAGUGAUGUCAACUGGGGCUGCAUGAUCCGCAGCAGCCAGAUGCUCGUUGCCCAGGCAUUGCUGUUUCAUCAUCUGGGCAGGAACUGGAGGAGGCCCCAGCAGACGGUGAGACGGGUCUUCUACCUCUGGUUGCUUUGAGAGAAGUAACAGUGUGAAUAGUAACCGUAGUUCUCUAAUUUGCCAUGUAGGGUUGGUUGCUCAUCUCAGUCCCCUAUUGAUUAUGCAGCCAUAUGAUCCCGAGUACAUCGAGUUGUUGCAUCUUUUCGGUGACUCCAUCGCCUCAGCCUUCUCCAUCCACAAUCUGCUUCAAGCUGGAAAGGGAUACGGCCUGGCCGCCGGUGCCUGGGUCGGGCCCUAUGCCAUGUGCCGGGCCUGGGAAACACUUGCUCAUGCCAGGAAGGAGCCUGGUGAGCUUCAUGAAGCUGGUCAGCCCCUGCCCAUGGCCGUGUACGUUGUCUCCGGCGAUGAAGACGGGGAGCGCGGCGGGGCACCGGUCCUCUGCGUCGAUAUUGCUUCCAGGCUCUGUUCUGAGCUCUCAAUGGGGGAAGCCAAUUGGGCGCCUAUUCUGCUCUUGGUGCCCCUGGUUCUUGGGCUGGACAAAGUCAACCCUAGGUAAUUGUGAUAUUUUCUUAUUAAUUUUGGGUAUUUCUGGAUCUAGUUUCAAGGUUUCUUGUUAGCUACCAUUAAUUCCUGCAUCAGAAAGGAUCUAAUCCUUUGCCCGACUAUCACUUUUACUUAUCUCCAUGUUUCAUCAAAAGAAAAUAUCGCUCUUUUCUAGCAUAUGCUUUACAUGGUUUUAUUUAUUUAUUUAUUUCUCAAGAUCUGACUGCUUCCUCAACCCUGUAAAGAUUUUGCUUACAUGGUUAUUCCUAAAAUCUUGGAAUUUUCCCUGCUAUCCAGUCUUCUCUCCAAUUCCUAUCCCUGUAUCGUUAUAGAAAAGACUGCUUAUUUGGAUCAUACUUUACAUGGAAAAAAAAUUAUCCGUGUUUAUAUAUCUCUAUGUAUAUAUAAUAUCCUUCACACGCCUCUGAAAUCUACGUCAUCUUAUUAUCUUUUUUUAUAUAUAAACCCCAAAAAAUUGAAUAAUUUUCUCUUGCUUCUCUUGGCAUGAUAUUUUGUUCUGGAUUGUACCCACCGCCACCCUUCCAGAUACAUCCCGCUGCUAUGGGAAACCUUCACCUUCCCACAGAGCCUUGGAGUCGUGGGCGGAAAGCCCGGCGCGUCCACGUACAUCGUCGGGGUCCAAGACGACAAAGCCCUCUACCUCGAUCCUCACUUAGUCCAACCGGUACGCCCUUCCCCUUUUUUGUCCAUCACUCAUUCAUUCAUCAUCCGCCGUUAUCCUUUAAAUGGGUAGUUAGUUUGUAUAGUUAUUUUCUAGUUUUAUGUCGGAAGAUUUUAUCUUUAGCUGAACUUUGACUUCAGGUGGUGGACAUCAAGAGGGGCGACCUCGAGGCCGACACGUCUUCGUACCACUGCAGGUGGGCUCUCUCUCUCUCUCUCUCUCUCUCUCUCUCUCUCUCUCUCUCUCUCUCUCUGAGAUGACGUUGACUUUGGUGAGGUCGUUCCGUUUCAGCACCGUGAGGCAGCUGCCGCUGGACCAGCUGGACCCCUCCUUGGCGAUCGGCUUCUAUUGCCGGGACAGAGGUAAGCCGGGGGGCGAUCUGCAACGAGUCCUGGGCCUUUGUUUGUGGUGGCUGAUUUGGAGGAACCGCAGGUGAUUUCGAGGACUUUUGCGCGCGGGCAAUUGACCUCGAGGAGAAGUCAAACGGGGCGCCGCUGUUCACCGUGGCCGCGUUCCUCGAGCCCUCCUCCAGGACGGCGGCGGCGGCAGCGGUCAACGGUGAGACCUCGUCGGAGUCCGGCCACCCUGAAGACGACUGGCAGCUCCUGUGA